AUGAUAAAAUCAGUUGGUCUAUUAAAUAAUGUUUAUAAACAUGGAAGUAGAAAUAAUACUAUUUUAAGUUUCAAUACAAGAUUAAUCUUUAGAAAUCAAUAUUCUUCAUCUUCACAAAAUCAAUCGUUUAAUUUUCAAAUCAAAUCAACUGAUCAACAACAACAACAACAGCAACAAGAAAAAGGAUAUACUUUUAAUGAUCAUCAUCAUAAUAAUAAUAAUAAAAAGAGAUGGCAAGUAAAGAAUAUUUCAAUGGUUUCGAUUGUUGGUGCUGCGGUCGGUUGUUCAGGUAUCAGUUUGUGUCACGAACCAACAAGAAAUCAUAGUCACGCGACAACUGCUGUGUCGGUAGAGGAUGUCGUACGUGGUAGAACAGUGACCGAAGAGGAGUUUGAAGAGCUACAGCAGAACAAGCGAAACAAGAAGAUUGUCAAUGUUGCCGGUGCUGCUGCACUCUCUGGUUUCAUGGGAUACUCUGCUGGCUAUGCCACCAAGCGUUUGGGUCGUGUCGUCAUGUACGUAGUCGGUAUUCUCUUUAUAUUCUCACAGGUUCUCUCUUACUAUGGUUACAUCACCAUCGAUUGGAAGAAGAUCACCUUGGAUGCAUCGCCAAAGUUCACCAAAGAGAAGCGUAGAGACUACCUUCGUAGAUUCUAUUCGUUGCUCACUCAAAAUCUACCAUUUAAGAGUAACUUGGAGGUGAUAAUUUUCGCCGCAUCAGAAAAUUGGUCUUCAUCAAAAAUGAUCAAAUACCAUCAAAAUAUCUUUACGGGUUUUAUUUUUAUUCGUUUAUUAGCUAGUGAGGGGGGAUGGCUUUGGGAAGUUCCAGGUUUGGUGGUUCCAGAUGAGCUCCAUAGCAUAGUUGGUUAUUGUACUUCCCUAGUAAAGGAAGAGAUAGGAAGGGGUCACGAGUUCGAAUCUCGUUGGAGCCUUUAUAAAAUUACUUCAGUUAUGCACAGAUUCAACUUUAAUACCAUUCUUGACUCCUUACAGCUUUCAGGUGGUCAACAUUUCGAUUGGACUAUGGAAGACGCGUAUCAGUUGGUUAGAAGAAAGGACAACAUCACUACUCUCGCUUCACUUGUCUUUCAUCAAAUCUGGAAAUUCUAUUGUAAAUCCUAUUUUGGCGGUACUCCUCUCCACGAUAACAACCUACUAUCUAAUGAAUCUAUCAUAAAUGAAUCAUGUUACUUUAAUUUAGUUAUAAAAUUAUUAACAAAUCAUCCAAGAUAUUGGAAAAUAUUAACUCAUUUAUUCGAUUAUCUAAAUAGUCAGUUUAUUAGGUAUAAAAAAGAUGAUACUAACAAAGAAAAAAGACCUGGACAGAGUAAAGAUAAAAUCCCGACGUGGGCUUGGCCUCGUUCAACUCAAGUGCAUGUGCAAAAUCUUGAUGGAAGACCAGGUAGAGUACGUAUGCAAGCUGGUGGAUCCCCUGAUGAGGAUAAUGAUCUUGCACCACACCAAGAUGCUAACUUCAGUAGAUCUUUUGGUGGAGUGUACCUUAGAGUCACUAAUAUCGGUUCAACUACUCUCAAAGUUUGGACUGCAUAA